AAUAAUAAUGAUGAUGAUCUUAUCAGGAUCAUCAUUAUUUUCAUGUUUUUUCCUUGCAAGUCAAGGUGCAUAACCAUAAAUUACACUCUAGGAGAGUCCCCUCUAAACCAAUUAACCUUACUCUGACUUAUGUUCUACAGUGCAAAACGCAUUUGUGGUACAUGUUUAACAGUAACUGCUGAGACUUCCUCUUUAUACCGCUGCCUUUUUUAACUCACACCAAAGCAAGCUCUCUUCUGCCCAAGACUGAGAACAAGCAGACAAGAAUAGACAGAGAAAAAAACAAAAUACAUCCACACCUCAGGGGACAGAAAGCAGGAUGGGGGAUCUUGAAGAAAUCCCUAAGCCAGCCCCACGGAGAAUCUUCCAUGAAAGACAGAGGAUCACAGCUCUGCCCCUGUACUUUGAAGGGUUUUUAUCAAUUAGGCGUGCAUGGCAUCAGGAAUUUAAACAUCACUGGACAGAACUCAGAGGAACCACACUUUUCUUCUAUAAUGAUAAGAAAACCACAAUGUAUUUUGAAAAACUAGAUCUAAUGAAUUUGACUUCAGUAACUAACAUUAGUCCAGAAAACAGAUGUUAUGCCCAAUUCAUCUUGACGCUGUCAAAUGAGGAAAUAGAGAUGAAGGUAGAAGACUAUGAAAAUGGGGAGGAGUGGAAAGGCUUUAUUCUCACAGCCACAAAGCUGUCAGUCCCAGUGUGCGCGUCAUUGCUACCUGGCCAACAAACUAGGAUGAAUGAAGUACUGGAGAAAGAAAAGAAAAGAAGGGCAACAAGUGAACAGUUAUCUAGUGCAUCUCUAAGCAACGAGAAACCACAUAAUGGAAACUAUACUAACAUGAUGAACUCUAUACCUGAGUGUUACUAUGAAGUAUCCCGGCAAGAAGCCAUUGAAUUAUUAGAGAAGAAUCCUUCUUUGGGGAAUUUGAUCCUGAGGCCUGGUAGUGACAGCAAGAAUUACUCAAUCUCCAUCAGAUAUUUAACAGAGGUUCCAUGCAUCAAGCACUACAAAGUGGUGAAGCUGGAAACAGGUUACAAAAUUCAACUGGAAAGACCGGUGAUGUUCCAGAACCUGCAUGAUGUCAUUAAUUACUUUGUCAAGGAAACACGAUGGAACCUGAAGCCAUUGGUCAUGCACACCUAUGACAACAAAUUGGAAGCACUAGCUUCAAAGUACACUCCAUCAGCGAUGUACCAGGCUAUUGUCUGUAAGGAAAAAGAGAAGCUGGAUAUAAGCCCUGAUCCUGUGAAAUUCACAGAACCAUUUUGA